CUGAACGUGCGAGCACAGUUUGAAUUUAUUUAUCCAACGAUGUCGAAGAAAAUGUUCGGGGAUCCACCAUGAUCGCCGAGUUGCAUUGGUCGACUCUAUAGCAGAAGGGUCCAGCAUGGCCCAUUCGCGCAAUUGUAUGUACAUUCUAUAUUUACCCGGAGUAGUUGCACGAUUGUGAUCGUCAUAAAGAGUGUAGUUUUGAUAGUGAAAUUUAUUCUUGAUAAUUAUUUGGAACAUCGAUGGAUCGCGAUUGUGAUUGCAGUCCUUCCUGUUCCAGGUUGAGCCCAUUCAUUGUGGUAGAAUUCACCGAAGAUGGUAUCUCUUACAACUCUCCUCGAGUUCACCAAAAUCCCCAUGCACAAAGGUUCUAUCACCUGAGAGAUCACUGUCUGGCGAACAAUCUUCUCUUUGAAGAUCCGGACUUCAAGGUGGAGGAACAACCCCUGAUAGGAUACAAGUUGUCCACGAAAUCGAAAUUAAAAUGGCUGCGACCUUCAGAGAUCGUUGACGACCCACAAUUCGUCGUCCUUAACGAGCCUUCCGAUUUUGACGUCCAUCCUGGAUACCUUCCCAGUGGAAGCCUAAUCACUUCCAUGCUGAAUCUCUUCGCCAACAAACGAUCAUUCCAACGAACCGUCCCGCACGAUAACUCAUUCGCCGACGAAGAAUACGCUGGGAUAUUCCACUUCCACUUUUGGGACUACGGUCGCUGGAUUGAUGUAGUGAUCGACGAUCGUCUACCGACGCUGGAUGGAAAGCUGCUGUUCACAAGAUCCGCGCGUCCCAACGAACUGUGGUGUUCACUGCUGGAGAAGGCCUACGCCAAGUUCUUGGGGUCGUACAAUGCCCUCAAGGGGGUUACAAUUAGUGAAACGAUGCAAGACUUCGCCGGUGGCGUAACGCAGUGUUACUGGUUCAAGGAGUGCAAGUUAUCGACGGACUAUUUCUACGCAUUGAUUGAAAAAGGGCUUCAACGAGGAUCUAUGAUCGCUGGAAUUCGUCUGCAUAACAAAGUAAAUGGAGAAGAUCGAUCGUGCAUUACUAAUCCGAUUACGCAGACAAUGUCCUCAGGUUCCCGGUUAGUCUGCUUGGGGAAUUUUGGUGAUCAAGUGAUCAGGUCCGAAGAAGAUGAGGCUAUCGAAGAUCAUCCCAAGAGAUACUGGUUAUGCAUCGAACAAUUCAUGAGCAGAUUCGAUGGCGUUGAGCUUUGUAGCACUGCACCAGAUCUCUUGAGAGACCCCGAACGAGGUCAACGGAACUGGAGAACCUUGUCGUACGAAGGCAUUUGGGUAUCCGGGCUUACGGCAGGAGGUUGCAAAGACCACAGAGACUCGUAUGGCAUGAAUCCAAGAUUCAAAAUGGAUCUAUCUAAGCCAGAUACUGAUGCCGGGCUGUGUUCAGUAGUAAUAUCUCUCAUGCAGAAACAACGAACGGGCAUGGUACUCUGUUUGGUUAUAGGAUUCGAAGUAUUAUCCCAUAGAAACAAAACGGUGGCCCAAUCGAUCUACUCCAAUGCACGUGAGGUAACCUCCCGAUUACAGCUCCCGCCUGGCAGCUACACCAUCAUUCCCACCACCAAACAACCAGACCAGAACGGAGCAUUCCUCUUGAGAAUCUUCACCGAACCACGUGCCCCGUCGGAUUCCACAGAUGGAUUUGAAGUUAUCCACCCUGCUCAUUCGCUUCUAAGAUCCGGCACCUGGGAAUCAAUGGUUCGGAUGUUCUUCGAGCUGGCGAACCACUUCGGAAUAAUCGACACCGCAGACAUGGCUGUGAUAAUAUCCGAAUACUUCGUCGAAUCCCAGCCUCAAAAACGAAAACAGAAAAAUUGGCCAAUCUUUUCCAAUCCGCAAAGCAAACCCGUAAAGCUCUCUAUCAACAAGAACAUAAUACGAUCAGCGCACAAACAUCACGCCAUACAGAGGGCACUAACUGAGCAUAUCGCUCAGAUGCAAAGGGAUCGCCGUAGAAGUCUUAACUUUGAGCAGUUCUUGGAUAUUCUGGCAGAAAAUUGUUACAACUGGCAGCAGAUGUUCAGUCUAGUUGAACAGUGAAAAUGUUUGAAAUCAUAGAAAUCUAAGAAUAUACUAAUUACUGCAGAGCAGCGCGGAAACCCAGGCAAGUGACAAGCGGAAAAACGAACAAAAAUACUACCGCGGAAAGUUGAGGACGAAAUAUGAAAACACGUCGUUAUUAAAGAAGCACGUUUUACA